CUCAUUUAUAAGUAAGCACAGCUGAGAGAGAGAGCCUGCAAGACAUCGAAUACUUAGCAGAAGCCUUGGACACCGUGUGUGAGGCAUCUGAAAUGGAGCUGAUUGGAUCCACUAUGACAGCCACGUAUGCUCGACCAAAGUCGAGUCACUUUCUACCUGCCAUUUCCACCAUGGCAUCCAGCUACCGCAGUACCCAGCCAGCCAUGAAUGCCAACCAUUGGAGGACCAACAGCUACUACAAGAGCAGCAAUAUUAUUCCAGCCAUCUCCACAACAGAGCGAGAAAAUUUAGAUCUGGUUCGAGCCAAUACCAUGUUCUAUCCGUCCAACAGGACAUUGCUGACUACUCGAUACACCCCCGAUGACUGGUUCAAGUCCAACUACAGCAACUACAGAGAUUCUGAGUCAUCACGAAAAAGUGCAGCGAGACUGAGGAGAGAUACCAUAAGGCUGAUACAGGAUAAAGAACAGCUGACGAGACGAACCCAAGAGACUACCAGCAAGAACAUCGGUGAGCGGCUCAACGACAUAGUCUUCUGGAGAUCUGAGCUGAGCCAUGAGAUUGACAACAUGGUGACGGAGAUAGCAAGCCUCAAUGAGGUCAAGAGGAGGCUGGAAAGAGCCUUCGCAGAAACUCAGGGGCCGCAUCAGGUAUCUCAAGAAUGUUUGUACCACAGAGAGAAGCGGAUGUCCAUCGAUCUGGUCCAUGAUGAUGUUGAAAAAGACCUGCUAAAGGAGGUGGAUGUCAUCAAGUCAUGUCAAGAAAGGAUGAGGAGAUAUUUGGACAGAGCCACUGCUCAGCUAACGUCAAAUCGAGCAGCGCAGCAUGAACUUGAACGAGACCUGAGCGACAAAGUGACGGCUCAGAGGAUCGAUGACAGGUGUCAUCAUCUAAGAAACACAUCGGACGGCAUCAGUUAUUACAGAGGGAUUGAAAGACUCGACCCCUCGGUCUCUCUGCCUGAAUCUUGGUCCAAGUUCACAGAUGACAACAUUCUGCACUCUCAGAGCACACGUGCUGCCUCCCACAAGCUCAGGGAUGAGAUUGAAAUCCUGCUAAACACCACAAGCAACGAGAUGUGGAAUCAGUUCAACAAUGUCAAUGUAGCAUUCACAAACCGCAUUUCAGAAACAUCCGAUGCGAAGCAUAGCCUGCAGACACAUCUGGCCAAGACUCUCCAGGAGAUCUUCCAGACAGAGAUGUUGAUUGACUCUCUAAAAAAGGCCCUCAGAGACAAGGAGGGCCCACUGAAGGUGGCCCAAACCAGGCUGGAGGAGAGAAUGCGCAGGCCCAAUGUGGAACUGUGCAGGGACAACCCACACCACAGACUCGUAGGUGAGGUGAGACUCAUUGAGGACACCAUACAGAAGCUUAAGGAGAGGCUGAUGGAGGCUGAAAACACUUUGCACACUCUCGUCAAAACCAAAGUGAACCUGGAACAUGACCUGUCCAUCAAAGCUAAUUCGCUCUUCCUGGACCAGGAGAAGUGCAUGAGCAUGCGUAAGAGCUUUCCCAGCAUGCCCCGUCUUGUGGGCUAUACCUAAAUAGACUCUUGAGGAUUAUUUCGGAAGAAGCUGGCGUGAAACACUAUUUUUAAAUAUAUGUAUUCAUUGGUGAG